AUGAAUAGCAAGAGUCUUAACAAAAACUUCUACAAAGUCAACAGUAUAGUCGAGCGGAAGCUUCGUAAAUUUUUGACGGGCCCCAAAAAAGGUGAGACAUUUGAGUUGAAGAACGGCUUGGUCUCCCAGUAUAAGCAUGAACGUAAAGAUGCUAUUCAGCGAGUGAUCCAAGCAAUGACAGUUGGUAAAGAUGUAUCCUCCUUGUUUCCUGAUGUCUUGAAAAACAUUGCCACUUAUGACUUGGAGCAAAAGAAGUUGGUAUAUCUUUACUUGAUGAACUAUGCAAAGACACAUCCAGAAUUGUGUAUCUUGGCAGUAAACACGUUUGUUCAGGAUACAGAGGAUCCGAAUCCGUUGAUAAGGGCAUUGGCAAUUAGAACUAUGGGCUGCAUCAGAGUUGCAAAGAUGGUAGAUUACAUGGAAAUCCCCUUAAGCCGAACUUUGAAAGAUGAGAAUCCAUACGUCAGGAAAACUGCAGCUAUCUGUGUAGCCAAAUUGUUUGACCUCAACCCUGAGAUGUGUGUUGAGUUUGGAUUUUUGGACGAUUUAAAGAAAUUGAUGUCUGAUGGAAACCCCAUGGUUGUGGCCAACUCAAUAAAUGCAUUGUUUGAAAUUAGGGAUAUGAAUCAGGAUCCAAAUUUGACUAUAUUGAAGAUAAACAGCGAAGUUGUGAAGAAUCUUUUGUUGUGCUUGAACGAGUGCACUGAGUGGGGUAGAAUUACAAUAUUGACAACUUUAACGGAAUAUAAUACUCAAGGAAAACCAGACGAGGCAAACCAUAUUAUUGAAAGGGUUAUACCACAGCUACAGCAUGUGAAUCCCUCUGUUGUGUUGAGUUCCAUCAAGGCAAUCCUCUGCCAUGUUGAAAGCAUCAAUAUGACUUUGCAACGUCAAACCAUUUUGAAGAAGUUAUCUGCACCCUUGGUGUCUUUGGUGAGUUCUUCCAUUCCUGAAGCUCAAUAUGUUGGAUUGAAAAAUAUUCGCAUUAUUUUGGAAAAGUAUCCAAAUAUUUUGUCCAAAGAAUUGCGAGUGUUCUUCAUCAAGUACUCUGAUCCGUUGUACUUGAAGUUGGAGAAAUUGGAAAUUAUGGUGCGUUUGGCAAAUGAAAGCAAUAGUGAAUUGCUCUUGAGUGAAUUACGUGAAUAUGCAAUGGAGUUUGAGCCUGCUUUGGUAAGCAAGGCCAUCAAGUCUAUCGGCACAGUUGCAAUCAAAUUAAAAGAAUCUGUGGUUAAAGCCAUCAACCUCUUAAAUGAUAUCAUAGACCAAAGAGGUGGCGAUCUCAUCAUCACUGAAUCUGUGGUUCAAUUGACCAAUGUGCUUAGACGAUAUCCAAAUAAAGGUGAUAUUGCUUCAUUGAUCAUUCCUAUAAUUUCAAACCACGCUGCAGAACUUGAUAACAAUGACGCCUUGGCAGGAUUUGUCUGGAUCUUGGGACAAUAUCCAAAAUAUUUUACCGCUUUGCACGAAAAAUUACAAGCAUUAAUUGAUGGGUUCUUGGAAUACGAUUCUCUAUUACAACUAAACAUACUUACUACAAUAGUGAAAAUCAACUUGGAGUUUCCCGGAAACAAAUACUCCUCAUUGCUUCAAAAAGUAUUGGACUUGGCCACCAAGGAGUGUGAAAAUGCCGAUGUAAGAGACAAGGCUUAUAUAUAUUGGAGAUUAUUAUCUUCGUCUACAUCAGAAUCUUUACAGAAAAAUAUCAUUCUUACCAAAUUGCCGCCAAUAGAGUCUACAAUACCAGCAUUCAACCCAACUUUGCUCGAAACAUUGAUGAAAGAAUUGUCAACUUUAUCCUCGGUUUAUUAUAAGCCUGCCAAAACAUUUAUUGAUCCUAAAGCGUAUUUUAGCGUUGUGAGUCACACUCAGAAUGGUGAGGAUUUGGACGAAUUGAAAGCAGUUGCUAAACAGGAAAUUAUUCAAAAUUCGAGGAACGAAGAUUUGUUAAACUUUGAUGAUGAUGAUGAUGGUGAUGAUGAUGGUGAUGGUGGUGAUGGUGCGGAGUUCAUUGCCGAAAAUGGAAAUAAGAACAACCUCAGCGUCAAUGAUCUUCUUAGUGAUUUGAACGACUUGUUCAGCAAGCCUAUUGGUACCACUGGUGACAUUAAUGCCUCUACGUCUGCCUCUGUCCCCUCGUCACAAGGAGGAGCUGCGUCGAAUGUCGACAUAAUGGAGUUAUUUAAUAGUGCACCUACGUCAAAGCAAAAUUCAGGAAAUCCUCAACCAAAGCAAACAGGUACUAAUAACGAUCUUUUAGAUUUAUUUUAA